CUCUCUCAAACCCAGAUCUGGGUUUUUCUCAAUCUGGUGAAAAUUCAUACAUUAAAAUAAAAAAUACAAGUAAUAAACACCAUACACCAUACAUUUUUUUUCACAAACACCACACACAAAUUCAUGAUGAAGCAAGCUUCGCAUUGGCUCGGUUUGUGCUAGACCCCUGCACGUGGCUCCGGACGCCUCAAAGUCGGUACUUGUUCCUCUUGCUCUGCUCUCCUAUCCUCUUCCCUUUCCUCUGCGCAACUUUUCCUCUACUUUGUGCCACGGAGUUCUGCUUCUGAGUUUGUCACGGGAGGACGAGAAGGAAAGCAGUUGCACGACAGUCAACAAACGAGGAGGAGCGGCUGAGGGGAUGUGAGGAGGGGUGUGGGUGAAAUAAUGAAGGGGAAGAAAGUGAGAUGGGGUUGUUGCUCAAACCCAGAUCUGGGUGUUUCUCAAACCCAGAUUUGGGUUUCACAAAUCUGGGUUUGUCACGAGAGGAUGAGAAGGAAAGCAGUUGCACGGCAGUCAACGAACGAGGAGGAGCGGCUGAGGGGAUGCGAUGAGGGGUGUGGGUGAAAUAAUGAAGGGGAAGAAAGUGAGGUGGGGUUGUUGCUCAAACCCAGAUCUGGGUGUUUCUCAAACCCAGAUCUGGAUUUCACAAAUCUGGGUUUUCUCUAGUGAUUUUGAUCGUGGUUUUUUCUUUGUAACUUUGAAAGUUGAAACAUCUCUGUGGAUUUUGGGUUGUCACUAUUGUUGUCUUUAAUUGUUGACAUUUUUCUGCGCUAAGAUUGAAACUUGUUUGCUUUCCUAGAAAAUUUGGUUCGUUUUCUUUCUGGGUUUUCCUUCUUUCUGGAUUGAAACAAGUUCGUCGGUGAGAAUCGUGACUAUGCCGACUUCGUCUCUCGCCUAGACACAUAAUCCAUUACCAAGUUCAUAAAUUUAUUCUUCAAUU